AUGAGUGCAUCGAAGAAGACGGCGGGUGUUUCAACGUUACCUCAAGAAAUUCUCAUGGAGAUCCUCUCCAAGCUUCCUGCUAAAACCCUAGUACGAUUCAGGUGCGUUUCUAUAUUCUUCUGCGCUCUCAUAGCUGACCAUGGCUUUGGCGUUUUGAAUCGCAGCUUCUCCUUGACCCUUCCCAGUAGAGCGGGCCUUCUAAUCUCUAUCGACGUUCGACCACCGCACCCUCCCCCUUACCGUCGUGUAUAUUACACCCUAAAUUUCAGCGAAGAAGAAAACCCCCGCCGGGGAAUUCUCCAAGCCAACCGUGUCGGCUUCCUAGGCGCUGAACCCUUUCUACUCUCCUCUUCCUCUGACGGCCUGAUUUGUGUGUCCAAAUUCAAUGGAGACGUCGAUGUUUGCAACGUUAGUACGGGACAGCAUAUUUUCCUUCCAAGAUUAAUCCAAUACAAGGAUUGUGCACUGCUGUUGGGGUACGAUUCACAAUCUAAAAGAUACAAGGUUUUGAUGUCAAAGAUUGAUAGAGAGAGCACCUACUAUGAGUAUAAGCAAUGGGUUUUUACUGUGGGCGUGGAUAGAUCAUGGAGGGAGAUCAAAAACUACGGUUCCUUCCCCUUCUACCCCAUUGAUGAUGGGUAUAGCUACCGUUACUAUUCCAAUAAUGGUGUUUACAAUUCUAGUGUUUACAUUGACGGUGUUAUAUAUUCCUAUAAUAGGCCAACUAAACAUAGCCAGUUUCUUAGACUCCAUAUAGUAGCAUUUGACGUUGGGUGCGAGAGUUUUUCUGUGAUAAUCCUUCCGGAUGAAGUUUCAUCACAAUCAUAUUUAUUUCUUCAAAAUUCUGCAUUGCUGGAAGUUGGAGGUCGACUAGCUAUGGUUCUUAUUCAUGUUCCUACUCUAUUUGGAGGAGUAGAUGGUCUAUGCUACAUGAAUGUUUGGAUUUUGGGAGAAAUCUAA